AUGCAACGUGUAUGUUUUUGUAAAACAGUUUCUUUAUUUAAUCAUGUCUUACAACCAAGUCAAGCAAUAGCACUUUUUUAUCAAUCAUUAAUAUUUUCAUUAAAAAAUCUUGCACUUAUUCGAUGGAUUAGUUCAACAAUCGAUAUACCAACUGGUUUACAAUUACUUAUGAUUGAUAUUAAUGGUAAUGUUACCAUUGAUGAUGAAUUACUUUAUAAACAAUUAUCAAAUUUAAAACAUGAUGUAGAACAACAACAACAACAAACAGAUACGAUUUCGAUUUUAAAAUGGAUUAGUCGAAUUGUAUUACGAUUAGCAAGUGAUUGUUCGAUAUCAUCAAAAUCAGAUCGUUCAAUAGAUUUUGAAUCCUUCAAUGAUUUUCUUAAACAAUUUCAUACAUGUUCGAAUGAUGAUCGAUCAACAUUGUCAGAUGAUGAUGAAGGAAUUAGUAAUGAUGAUCUUGAUAAUGAAGAUAUUAGUCGAAGAGCUAUUCAUAGAGCUUUAAUGAAAUGUAUGAAUUAUAUUACGUCAUUUUCUGUGACAGAUUCAUCAAAUAGUAAUGAGCAUAAAUCAAAUACAAGUGAAAUGCAAAAUUUUGAAAGCAAUUCUAUAGCACUUUAUAAUCAACAAAUAAUUCAAAUUCUUUGCAGUGAUACUUUAGAAUUAGAAAUUGAAUUAGCACAUGAUGUUCGACAGUCAUCAUUUGAAUUAUCAGCAACACCACCACCGCCACUUCCACAUGAUACAAGAUUUUAUUCAGUUUGGGCAUCAUUAUGGCGUGAUGUAACUGCGGAAUAUCUACAAUUUAAUGAUAAAACUCAAUUACGUAAAGUUACAUUGGAUAAUUAUGGUAAUAUAAAUAAUUCGAUCAAUGAAAAUCGUCAAUGGUCAAAUAGAGAAAAUGAUCGUGUCCUUGAUGAAAUAUCUAAAGGACAACAAAAUUUACGAAAAACAAAUAAAUUUCAUCGUCAAAAAGAAUAUAAUAAACAUGUAUGUUUACAUGAUAGUUUAAUGUCUGAAAUUAAACAACAACGUAUUUUAAAACCCAUUGCAAAUCUAUCAAUUACUUCAAGUACAAGUUUAGAUUCAUCUCGGAAACGGAUACGUCCUGUUAAAGAAAUAAAUGGAAGAAAUCUAAGUUCUGAUGAUGAUGACGACGAUGAACAACGUGAUGAAUAUGGUCGAAAACGUGUAGCAGUUAUUGAUUGUCUUCUUGAAUCAUCUCCAUCUUCACCAGAAGAUAAUAUUGAAAAUGAAUCAACAAUAAAAUCUAACCGUGUAAGUGAAAAUCGAGAUGAAUAUAUUGAUUUAACUUUGGAUGCUUUAACUCUGAUAAAUGAUACUACAAAAUCAUUAUCAACUAAAUUGAAUUAUACUCAAAUAGAAUCUCUUGAAUUAGAAUAUAUAUCUAUGGAAGAGAUUAUUCGGCUAAUGAAAGAUAGUUCAAAUACAUUAUCAUUAACAUUUGAUGAAUUUAGUCAUAUUCGAAAUGUAAUCACACGAUCUGAAUUAGAAACUUUAUUAUUCAAUGAAAAAUUAUAUUCUGAAGUUGCUCAGGGAAAAUUAUGUUUUACUUGUCGAAAAGUACAUUUCAAUUUAUUGACAUUUACAUUUGGUAUUCAGUGUAAUGUUUGUAAACAAAAAGUUUGUCGAAACUGUGUUACACAAAUUGCUUUACCAAAAGAAAAAUUAAAUAAUAUACCAAUUCAAACAUUUACUCCAUUAGCAUUUUCGAAAUCAUUAUCAAAUUCAGAUAGAUCAUACUCUCUAGAUAACAAAUCUCCAGUUACACCUGUUAUGAAUGAUGUAGUAGAUGAUUCAACACUUGACGAACCUGAAUCUCGACGUAGUUCAACUCCAGCUGGUAUUAUUAAUCGCUCAAAUUUAACAAAAUGUCAAGCAGAUCCUAUUGAUAUAUGUACAGACUGUUUCAUUCUUUUACAACAAAUACGUAAGAAAGCUCGACAACGUCAUAUUAAUCCUCCAAUACUUCCUUCAACAUCAUCAUCAUUCAAUCGUUCACAUCAUUCAUCAUCACGUUCAACAUCAAAUUAUAAUCUUUCAUCAUCAUCAUCGACAUCAUCAGUUGCUGCUUUAUUAGCUCAACAAAAUACAUUAAUGAUUAAAUCAAAUUCGAUUGUAUCGAAUUUAAAACAAGUUAAAUCCAUACAAGAAGUACCAACAAAUAAUGAUCCAUUACAAACAUUAACAACAGUAGGAGCAACUGGUGGCUCACAACGUGUUAGUUUAUCACGACAUCAUCUUUUUCUUAAACUUCAACCAGCAUAUGAUGUUAAAUUAAAUAAUAUUAAAACUGGUUGA